GAGAGUGGGCAACACUGACCGUCAAUCAAAUAAAAACAAAAAAAGCGGCGUGAGAAAACUGAAAAGAACGGGCAGCCAGCGCAAAAUCGCACCUAAAUCUCGAUGCAUUGAACGGAUACGGCGGACCGGAACCAGGAGGCACAGGAUAACGGAAGCCGGCGCCAUGGAAACGGCGAGAAUGGAGACUGCAAUGGAGACCCAUUUUAUGGCCAAAAUGGGGAAGUGGAUGACCCCCGAGGAGGAGGCGCGCCAGAAGUUCAUCAUGCGGGAGCGGGAUCGCGAGCGGAAGCGGAUCAAGCGGAUGAAUCCCGAGUACCGGCAGAUGGAGCGCGAGCGGGAUCGAUUUCGCAAGCUGACGCCCAGGCCCAGUCUGAUGACCCCCGAGGAGGAGGCGCGCCACAAGUUCAUCAUGCGGGAGCGGGAUCGCGAGAGGAAGCGGAUCAAGCGCCUCAAUCCCGAGUACCGGCGAAUGGAGCGCGAGCGCGAUCGAUUCCGCAAGAAGGCACGACGUGCUAACUUGACGCCCGAGGAGGAGCUGCGGCUGAAGAUGAUCCAGCGGGAGCGGGAUCGGGAGAGGAAGCGGAUCAAGCGCAUGAAUCCCGAGUACAGGAGGCUGGAGCAGGAACGUGAUAGGGACAGGAAGAAGGCGCGCAGAGCCAACGAGGCCUUCAGGCAGCUGGAGAAGCUGAGGGAUAAGAUCCGCAAGGAUCGCAAGAAGGGCCUUCUGGUCACGGAUCCCGCGCAACUGCCGCCGGAGUUUGCGGCCAUGAUACCGCCAGUGCCUGUGGUGAAGCCCGAGGUGGGCGUGCCACCAGCCCCGCCCCACAGUCAGCAGACCUCGCCACUGCUGCAGCAGCAGCAGCAGCAGCAACAGUUGCAGCAGCAUCAGCAGGCGCAGCAGCAACAGCAGCCGCAGCAGCAGCAACCUCCGCCCACGCAUCUGCAGGAGCAGCAGUUGAGUCACCAGCUGGCGCACCAGCGGAACCGCAUGAUGUCCAGCCAACUGACCCAGCUGGCCACGCCCCCCGCCCACGCCACGCACCUGCAGCAGCUGAACAAGUUGCAGCAGCUCUACCCGCCACGGAGUUUCGGACAUCCCGCACUGCCGAUCGCCGGAGUGACGCUGAUGCCGCAGCUCUGCCAUCCCAUCCUGCAUCAGAACAUCAGUGCCAGCUUGUAUCCGGGUCCGCCGAAUGGCAUCAAGCAGGAGUACGGCCAGGACAUCUCCGCCUCGGCGAUGGCAGCAGCUCAGGCAGCGGCAUUGGCCUCGCUCAGGAAUCCCCAGCAGCAACAGCAGCAGCAGGAUGAUGCCGAAAUGGUCAUCAAUCUCGAGCCAGAGAUUGUGCUCCAGACCGGUGCCGAUAUCAAUCCCGCCCAGCCACCGCCGCAGCAGCAGCAGCACCACUUCAGCGCCCAUCAGCAGCAGCAGCAACAGCAACAGCAGCAGCAACACCAUCUCCAGCAGCAGCAGCAUUGCAACAUGUUCCAGCAUAUGGCGCCUCAGGCGCACAUGCAACACAUGCGAUCGCUGCCGCCACCGCCCCCGCCCCCUUCGCUGACGUUGCCCCCUCUGCCGCCCCCGCCACCUGCAACACACCAGCAACAACAACAGCAGCAGCAGCAAUCUGCGCCGCCACAGCAACUGCAACACGCGCCGCAGUGAGAGACUCUCGCCCGUAGUCCUAAGCUCAAUUCUCUAGCCAGCUAAACGCAUCCGAAAGUUUGAGGGCACACACGCCUGGAGUUGUGAUCUAAUUGUUUGUGUAAAGUCUUAAUUUUAUUACGUUUUCAGAAAUUAUUUGUGUUACCAUGUUUGUAUUUAAAGUUAAAAGUUAAUUUUUUUUAAAUCUAUGCUCCAAGCAUUCUUUGGCAGUUAAGUUAGUACCAAUUACACCCAUUAACCAAUCUCCUACCAAUCAACAAAAGAAAAUACUCAGCAACAGUAAAAAAUUGUAUAAACUUUCGAAUGAAUAGACAUUGUGAUAAAGUGCACCUUUAGCUUAAAUACUCAUUGAAAACUUGGAAAGCUUGUGCUGAAAACUGAUUGAAAUAUUUUGUGCAACUUGUCUUAAGUGUUGGUAGAAACGUGGUUAAUAUUUAUAUGAAUUAAGUCUGAAAAUCACAACUCCCAAGGAAGUGUGCCAACAUCUCAUACGCACACACUCGCACUCAAACCCACUCAUGUUCAUUUCUGUGUAUGUUAAGUAGACGCCAUUUGAAAAAUGCCGAUACGUAUUAUGUUGCGUUACGCAAUCCGCAUUACGUUACUUUAGUGGGCUUCCCCGUCAUAAUUUGUUUAUGUCGUCAUCGUUUCAAGCAUUUCUCUGUUUUUUAGGUCUGUACGUAUUUUGUUUAGUCGCUAAGUGAUAGAUGAUACAAUAUUUGCCAGAUUAGGAUGAUACGAUCUACAAUACGAUAUAACGAUAACUGUAUACCUAUGUAUAUGAUAUAAUGAUAUAGUAUGGCCAGCUGCGAAAUAAUUAAUACGAAUUUAUGCGCAAAAACACAAGCGAAAUAUAAGCAGCAAACUAAUCGUUUGCUAAAAAUUGAAA